CGUAGUCACCAAGCAGCCAUUACAGUAGCAAUAAAGGUAGUAACUGGAUAUUGUUUUUUUAGGAGCGGACUAUCAAAGUGUGUGAACAUUACGGAAUUUUUUGUUUUUGGGGAGUGUUUUGUGGAGAAAUAAAAGCGGGACAUCUGAAGAAGGCUAAUUCAGAAGAAUUUGUUUUUCUAUAAAGGACUAUAUUUUCUUAUACGUAAAGAUUAGGGCAGCGGAAGGAUUCGGCUAACUUUAGAUAUCAAGGCGUUGCUGCUGUUCUCCGAUCUCCGCCAUUAUCGAUAUUUAAUCUUCAAUUAUUUUUCAUUUUUGUUGUUUUUGCUGGGUUUUUUCUUCGGUCUGUGUCCUUAUUUAGAUGGCCAGCUUCCCAGACUCUGUAAAUGAGAAUGAUAUAGGUAAGGCUAAGUUUGUUGGUGAACUCCUGGUCCCUGCUGCUCCAUUUGACCAGAAGUCUGGGCGUGAGUCCUGGACUGUAGCCUUCGCACCCAAUGGUUCCUACUUUGCCUGGUCUCAGGGUCAUCGCAUCGUCAGGCUCGUUCCAUGGACUAAAUGCCUGACCAACUUCUCAGCGGGUCAAGGUGAGGAGGGCACCAACCCAUCGAGCCCCCGCCGUUUAUCCCGUCAGAACAGCGACGGCAGCCUGACGCUCCCGGUGCCCGGUGAGCCCCGUGAACACACAAUAGACUGCGGUGACAUUGUGUGGGGCUUGGCCUUCGGUUCCUCGGUGCCAGAAAAGCAGAGUCGCUGUGUCAACAUUGAAUGGCACCGGUUCAAGUUUGGGCAGGACCAGCUACUGCUGGCUACGGGCCUGAACAAUGGUCGCAUCAAGAUCUGGGAUGUUUACACUGGGAAACUGUUGCUGAACCUGAUGGACCACACUGAUGUUGUGAGAGAUCUGACCUUUGCUCCUGAUGGCAGUCUGAUGUUGGUGUCUGCAUCCAGAGAUAAGACCCUUCGUGUGUGGGACCUGAAAGAUGAUGGUAACAUGGUGAAGGUUCUGCGAGGACAUCAGAACUGGGUCUACUGCAGCGCCUUCUCCCCUGACUCCACCAUCUUGUGCUCCGUUGGCGCAGGCAAAGCAGUGUUACUGUGGAAUAUGGAUAAGUUCACGUUAAUACAGAAGCUGGAGGGACACCACAAUGAUGUGGUGUCCUGUGAGUUUUCACCAGAUGGGGCGCUGUUGGCCACCGCCUCAUACGAUACCAGAGUUAUUGUGUGGGACCACCAGAAGGCCACCAUCCUGCUGGAACUGGG